GGGAGAGAGUGCCCGACGGGGCACUAGCAUCAUUACAUGCAUUGAAAGAGUUCAUUCUCUUGCCGUGUGCUACGUCAUCGAGAAGGAUAAAAACAUUGCUCUUCCUGCAGAUGAAAACGCUCACUUGGAUUUUGAGGUGAACGACAGAGCAGGUGCUGAUCAGCAGUUGCUGCCAAGCGUUACGGACCUUGAUAUUUUGCCGGGAGAAGGAGAAGAGCAGUUUCAUCCGACUGAUGGUUCUAUAAAAGAACAGCAACAUAAAGAACCUUGAAGUUUCAUGCAUGGGUCUAUUUCGUCGUUUUAAAAUGACACCUAUGAGGCGAUGCGGUCUGUGGAUGGUGGCUAUUCAGGUUGUGAUGAUCAUUGGGAUCAUGAGCGUCUAUACUUUGCAGCCCGGAUGGCCAGUUUUGACAUCGUUAUACGCAUCCGGGGAAGACUCCUACACGGACGUCAUGGAUCCCAUAAUUUUACCUGCGCUUCCCGAAAUCUACACGCUGGUGGAUGACGAUCGACCGUAUUUCACGCUCCUACCCAAUGGAUUCAGUUGCUUUACUGCCGGCACUGAUUUGAUGAAAAGCAGCACUUCCAGUUCUAAUAGUUGCAACUGUUUGGCGGGCUAUUACGGACGUGAUUGUGGCAUACCGGAACCCGUCUGGUACGCUUGUCAAGCAUUAAACAAUUGUACUGAUUUCAAACCCCGGAAGACGCCACGUCGAAUCAUUCACGGGCUAAACAUCAAUCACGAACUCGAGUUCUUUCAAGUCCGGUUGGAAGAAGUGGGCGACGUGUUGGAUGUUAUCAUCGUUGGCGAAUCUAAUCUAACUGCUGGAGGCGAUCCGAGCCCUUUGUACUUGCUGCCGGAACUGCGCAGAGGGUACAUGGGCGGUUUCCAGCACAAAAUUAUCCACGUCUUCAUCGAUCAUUUCCCACCUGAAGGAUUGACAGAUGGAUGGUUCGCAGACACGUUUAUACGUGAUUACAUGGGACAGGAAGGCCUUAAACGCAUCAAAGGUAUUCGAGAUGAAGAUUUGUUCCUGUUGCUAGAUGCCGAUGAGAUUCCAGACCGGAAUGUUUUACUCUUUUUGAAACUAUACGAUGGUUAUCCGGAACCCAUUGCCUUGACAUUACGUUGGUCCAUUUACGGUUUUUUUUGGAAACGUUCCGUCAGUGGAUCGCCAUUCGUUGAAGACGUGACACAUAUCUUGGCCAUUUCUACAAUGCGGAUGAUUCGUGAAGUUUAUGAUAACAAAGUAAUGAGCCUCCGCCGUAAUUACCUGACGACAGAGCCACUCUUAAGCCGAGUGAAAGCCUAUAUUCUCAACGGCCAUUCGGUCAUGGAAUGGAAUAUCGGUCGUGUUGGAGCCUAUGCCGGUUUCCAUUGUUCUUGGUGCUAUAAUGCGGAAGGAAUCAGACUCAAACUGACGUCGGCUCAAAAAGACGAUAAACCACGUUGGGGUGAUUACCCCGAAAAAUUAGAUCUCGGAUACAUAAACGGAUUGAUUCGCGAUGGACGUUGGUUCGACAACACGAAGCCAUUUUUCCUAGCCAAACCGGAAGAGGAUCGUCUUUAUGCCCCAUCCUAUAUUUUAAAGCAUAAAAAUCGGUUCGGUUACCUGUUGAAUCUUCCAUCAGCUGGUAACAAAACGAUACCUUCCUAAUUUAUUUGACGAUCGUUUUGGAAACGCCGAAACACAUUGUUUUUUUGCUAUUUUUGAUUUCGAGUGUGAUUUUUUACAAUAUUCCAUUUGCCGACGAAGCAGAGAAAGAAAAAAUAAGUGUACCUUUGAUUGGAGCCAUUAGUCGGCUCUCUUUGGCAUAUGCUUGAUAUAUUGUUGUCUGUUAUUAUUUUUUUUUUUUCUCAAUAAGAUAUAAACUAUUACGUUUUUUUUUUCAAGCUGCCGGUUUCAGCUGUGUUUCAUUAUGUUCGCAAUCUACACAGCAGUACAGGAACCUCCUCCUCAGCGUUGCCUUUGUUGUCCUUGAGAUGUUGCCAGAAAAUUAUCUCCUGCAUUUCCUUUAUGCACUGCUGCGUUCGAAUAUUCAGCGUGAGUUCAUCAUGGCGCCUGUUCUUUUAUAAAUCACAGAGAGAGAGAGAG